AAGUUAUAAGGUUUGGUUUGAUGGGUUGUAUUAUUAAAUUGAAAAUUGUAGUAAUUAGUAUUUAGUAAUUAGUAGUAGUUUAUUAGAGAAGAAGUUGAGGAGGAGAGAAGGAGAAAGGAAGGAAGAUUGGUGAAGGAUUGGGAGGCGGAAGAGUAGGAAUCGGAGAAUCCUAAACGCUCAAAGACGCAUACCCCAAUAUUUAGCUCAAAAUAAAUCCUCACCACACCGCACACUUUUUCUUUCUCUCUCUCCAAUCUUGAAACCAUUUUUCUCUCUUCCUUUUUCAUUUUGAAUUCAGCAUGAACAAUAGGUCUCAGGAUCGACGCUCAAGACCUGCCAAGCCAGCCACCAUCCAUGGCUGUGCCCUCUCCGGCGACCUCCUUGGACUCCAGAGGCUACUUCGAGACAACCCUUCUCUCCUCAACGAGAGAAACCCUGUUAUGGCACAGACACCACUUCAUGUCGCUGCUGGUCACAAUAGGACUGAGAUAAUUAAAUUUCUUCUUGAUUGGCAAGGGCCAGAUAAGGUUGAAAUGGAGGCCAAGAAUAUGUAUGGAGAAACUCCGUUGCACAUGGCAGCAAAGAAUGGGUGCAAUGAAGCCUCACAACUACUUCUUGCUCGUGGUGCUUUUGUUGAAGCCAGAGCAAAUAAUGGUAUGACACCUUUACAUCUUGCUGUAUGGCACUCACUACGAGCAGAAGAAUUCUUAACUGUGAAAACGUUGCUUGAGUACAAUGCUGAUUGCAGUGCUAAGGACAAUGAGGGAAUGACUCCUAUAAAUCAUCUGUCCCAAGGCCCUGGAACUGAAAAACUUAGGGAACUAUUAAACUGGCAUCUUGAAGAGCAGAGGAAGCGACGAGCCAUUGAAGCAUGCAGUGAAACCAAAGCUAAAAUGGAUGAUCUUGAGAAUGAACUAUCAAAGAUUGUGGGUCUUAAUGAUCUAAAAAUACAACUACGCAAGUGGGCUAAGGGCAUGCUUUUGGACGAGAGGCGAAGAGCUCUUGGUCUACAUGUUGGAGCAAGAAGACCACCUCAUAUGGCCUUUCUUGGAAACCCUGGAACAGGUAAAACUAUGGUAGCACGGAUUCUUGGAAGAUUACUCCAUAUGGUGGGAAUUCUUCCCACUGAUAAAGUGACAGAAGUACAGCGUACCGAUUUAGUUGGUGAAUUUGUUGGUCAUACUGGUCCAAAAACCAGGAGGAUGAUCAAGGAAGCAGAGGGGGGAAUUCUUUUUGUUGAUGAGGCUUAUAGAUUGGUACCAAUGCAAAAGUCAGACGAUAAGGACUACGGGCUGGAAGCUUUAGAGGAGAUUAUGUCUGUCAUGGACAGUGGCAAAAUUGUAGUAAUAUUUGCUGGAUACAGCGAACCAAUGAAGCGAGUAAUCGCCUCAAACGAAGGUUUCUGUAGGCGUGUGACCAAGUUUUUUCAAUUUAAUGAUUUCAACUCAGAAGAACUAGCACAAAUAGUUCACAUCAAGAUGAACAAUUUAACAGAAGAUAGUUUGCUGUAUGGAUUUAAGUUGCAUCCAAAUUGCAGUAUAAAAGCCUUGGCAGCAUUGAUAAAAAGGAAAACGACAGAAAAGCAGCGUAAAGAGACUAAUGGGGGUUUGGUAGCUACCAUGUUGGUUAAUGCUAGAGAAAAUUUGGACUUAAGGCUCAGCUUUGAUUGUAUAGAUACAGAAGAGCUUCUUACCAUCACAUUGGUAGAUUUAGAAGCAGGGCUUCAUCUAUUAACACAGUAAUCAUUCUUUGGCAAUGUGGUAGAUAUUUUGGAGAUUCAUUUCAGCUUACCUCAAUUUUCAUCACUGAUUGGAUACCCAAGUUUUUCAGGUGCACAAUGAGGAGCUUGUCAUGAAUAAGUUUGGCACAAUAGGUGGAUUUUUUUUGAGAAUUUUUUUACUUGUAUUUUGUAAUUGAUAAUGUUAUGUAGGCUUCAUUCAUGCACUUUGUUUUUCACUGUAUUCUUUCUAUGUUAUCAUUCAUUAUUGUAGGGAAGUAAUGAAACCUUCCUUUCUGUU